AAAAAAGGUUUCCUAACACAAAGAGAACUUAAAAAAAAAGCACCAUAAUUUUAGCUUAACUUAAAAUAUAGUUUUAAGCAACUGAAUGCGAGGCCGAGCGAUUUUUUUAUGCCCAAAACUCGAGCCCUAGAAACGUAAACACUUCCGCUUUGAUCCUCAAAACCCAUUUUGAGGGCUAUGUAUGCCACCCGAGUAGCCGGCAACAUGAAGAUAUUUGCCGCAGAUGCCAACGAUGGCGCAACAGCAGCAUGCAACACGCCCGUGCAACAGCAGCAGCAGCAGCAUCCGCCGCCACAUCGGCAGCAACAGUCGCUGCAAUUCCGACAACGGAUAUCCGCUGGAUCGCCGGUGUCCAAGUCUAGCAGCCAGUGUCACCUGAAAUUUGGCAAGUACAAUAAUAGUAAGACGGCCAAUUUGCUGCGACAGGUGAGCAGCUAUCACAACAACAACAACAACAACCACAACGAUAACAACAAUAAUAAUAAUAAUAACAACAAUCUAGUGAAGAAUCAGAAUAUUAUACAACAGCAAAUAUCUGAUUGCAAGCCAAGCCUUCCCAAAAAGCACAAUUCGCUUUCCUCCUCCUCGACAGAAUUAUCUUCUGCAUUUUAUCGCAAUUCUUGCGACAGUCUAAACUCUGAAGCUUCUGCGGAUUCAACAACAUCAACAACGGCAGCAGCAAAAAACAUCAACCCGCCACCGAGAACAGAUUCAAGAGCAGAGCCUUCUCCGGAGGUAACCACCACGGGUGACAAGUCCCUACGGGUUUCGGAACAGCCACAGGAUAUGGCGGCCAAACAACGAUCACGACAGCAGCCGCUCAGUUACUGGAAGACCAAUUAUCCGCAGCAAGCUGCCAGGCAACUAAAAGAUAAGGAGACGGUCGCAGCAGUUGUAACGGCUGCUGCGGCGGCUGCUGCUGCUGCUGCUGCUGCUUCAUCGGAACAACAGGCAUCUUUGUCCUUCGAGAACAGACGAAACUCUGGUUACCAACAACACCAUCAGCCGCACAAUUACUAUCAAUACUAUUAUCCGCAGCCCAAGCAGCUGACCAUUGCCUCGUUCCUGCAGAAGGACCUGUUGCCCGAGAAGAGCGGUGUCGUGCAGCAACGCGGUGGCGGCGCCCUCAACCGCCAGCAACAAGGAGGGAAUGUUGGCUAUCCCCAGCAGCAGCGUUACCGCAAUGCCCAGUGUGCCUAUGAGCAGUAUCAGCAGCAACAUCAUGUCCCACACCAGGCACAACAGCAUCACCAGCAAGGGAUGGGGGGCAGCUCGCACUUUCGGCGGAAGUAUGGCGAGAGCAACAGCAGUGGCAGCGGCAUUCAGAAGAAGAUGCACUACAGUCUAGUGGCGGGGAGAAUGGGAGAUGCGUCGCCUGCAUCGGGACAGCAACAGCAUCAGCAGCACCAACAGCAACAGCAUCAGCAGCAACAGCAUCAGCAGCAACAGCAUCAGCAGCAACAGCAGCAUAACACAAUUGAGAUCCUGGCCAGCAGCAACUUUAAUGCAGUCCAUCGUCGCAGUCAGGGAGGUGGCAAAAAUGGUUACUACCAGCAGCAGCACCACCACCAUUCCCUUAAAGACGACGAUGGCUUCACGCCAAACUCUGCCGAACGCCAGAACUUGUACAAUCUUACCUACGUUAAUGUGGACAUGACCAACACAGGUGGCGCCCCAGGAUCGACCGAUGACAGGUCAAAGAUAUCGCGGCAAAACAAACCCAGUAUUACGCUAACGCCUGCUGCUCCGGGGCCCUCGACAGUGCGCCGAUCUCUGCCGGUCCCUAUACCCGUAUCCGCCGUAUCCGGUUCCGUGCCUCCGCAUCCAGUUUUGAAUCAUGGCCGCAAUAUGUUUCCACAGCCGCCGCCCCCAUUGCCGCUGGCCAUGAUUGGGGGACAUGGGAUGCUCUCCCCAAGCAUGAAUACACCCACCAAAAUGAUAAGCUGUGCGCAGCUGGACGAGGCCAUCACGGCGGCGGCCGCCAAUGGAGAGCAGUCUAUAUCCAGUCCCAAUUAUCACCAAACAGUGCCCUUUAUUAUGCCACAUCCCGCACAGCAGCAGCAGCAGCAGCAUCAACAGCAGCAGCAACAACAGCAGCAGCAGCAACAACAGCAGCAUUCACAGGCACCGCCACCGCCGCACCUAAUCCCCAACAGCGGCGGUGGUGCUCCGCCACAGGUCUACCUUCAAACACCGGCAGUGUGGCCACAUUCCGGCUUGCCCUGCUACCAGGGCCCGCCAUAUGGUUCCAACGGCAGUUCGCCGCAUAACCACAAGGAUGUGCGGGCCAUGUCACCCGCCCUGUCCACCUCCACCCUAAGCAGCGAUUCCCAUUGGAGUGGCCCAAGCAAUCGAUGUCGCCUGGUCAACGGAGAGCACCUAUCCAUUUCUCCCACACCCAGCCCUCUAGAAACCGGACAAUUGUCACCACAUUUAAUAGAGAUGGGGCCGAAAACCCCGCAUCAUCAUCCGUCAGGAGGAGGAGCAGCAGCAGCAGCAGCACCACCACCACCACCACCGCCUCCACCGCCGCCGCUGCUUUCGCUGCACAUCACCCAUCACCAUGGAAAUCCCGUAGUUCCCUUUGAAAUGGUUGGAGGAGGUCCAGGAGGAGGUCCCUGGUACGAUAUGAUGCUGCCACCCGAUCGCUACCUGGCCCAUGCCAGGAACGUGGAGGUCCCGGCUCAGCCGGAAAAACUGAUCUGCAUGUGCAAGUACGAUAACCUGUCGGUGGAGAUCUGGGAGAUGUUCCGUGGCGCCCGGCAGACGCAUUACAAGUUCAAGGCCAAGAUGCGGCUAUGGCGUUACUUGUACAUCAUGAUGAAUCUGCAAAUGUUCGAGGGGUAUCGCAUCUGCCUGGUUGGUUCCACCAUCACUGGCUUUGGCACAGACUCCUCCGACAUAGACAUGUGCCUGCUGCCCGAGCAGCCGCCGAAUAAUAAUCACCAUCACCAGCACCAUUUCCACAAUGCAAAGCGGUCCGAGGCCCUCAUCACCCUCAGUCUGUUCAAUGCCGUCUUGAGGGAGACAGCAGAGGUAUUUAAGGACUUCAAUCUGAUCGAGGCUAGAGUGCCGAUACUGCGCUUUAAGGACAUCUCCAACGGGAUCGAGGUCGAUCUCAACUACAACAAUUGCGUGGGCAUUAAGAACACCUAUCUGCUACAGCUUUACGCUCAGUUGGACUGGCGUGCUCGCCCGCUGGUGGUGGUUGUUAAGCUCUGGGCCCAAUACCAUGACAUCAAUGAUGCCAAACGCAUGACCAUCUCGAGCUACUCGCUGGUGCUAAUGGUUCUGCACUAUCUGCAGCAUGGCUGCGUGCCACAUGUCCUGCCCUGCCUGCACUCGCUCUAUCCGGAAAAGUUUCGGCUGGGACAGCAGGAUUGCCUGGAUCUGGAUCUAAUCGAGCCGAUAGAGCCUUACCAGACGCUGAAUACCCAAUCGCUGGGUGAGCUUUUGCUGGGCUUCUUCAAAUACUACAGCAAAUUCGACUUCCGGAACUAUGCCAUCUCCAUACGCACCGGUGGCGUCCUGCCGGUGUCCACUUGUCGGAUGGCGCGAAGCCAGCGGAAUGAUAUUUACCAGUGGAAGGAGCUCAACAUCGAGGAGCCAUUCGAUUUAUCGAACACGGCGCGAUCAGUGUAUGACUUUGCCACCUUUGAGCGCGUCAAAGGCAUCUUCCUGUCCACAGCCCAUCGGCUGAAUCACACGCUGGACCUCACGUCCAUCUUCCGUCCCAUCGUCCCCCAUGCCCAGGAGCAGUUUCCCUACCAGCAGCAGUUCGAGCCACCGCGCGGCGGAGACGAUAUCGCUGGAUCCAACAAAAUGGUCAAGCCAGAAACAACCGAAACGGCUGGUGGCGGCACAUUCAGGUAAAGCUUGAAAAAAGAAAAGAAAAAUGGUUAAACCAAAAAAUAUAAAAAUAUCACCAGCCCACCAGAAACUGAAAUUCACGGAAUCGAAAAUCGAAAAAAAGAAAUGAAAACCGAUUGGAAAAAAAAAAUCGUGGUUGAAUUUCAGUAAACACUAACGCUUCUAUAUUUUGUUAAAUGUCAUAUAUUCAUUUUCAAUAUUUUUAUUGCAUUUAUCUUCCAUCAAUUUGUUUAAUCGAAUUCGAUCAAUUAUUGUAAACAUCCACGGAGGUGUGCGAUGUUCGUCCCCCCUCUUGUGAAAUGCAAAAAUGUCACCCGAAAAUGUAAAACAAAAAAAAAAUGUUA